AGCACUCCCUUUCCAAUCCCCCCCCCCCCCACGGGUGGGAAUUGGAAGCUGGGGCCUGCCUCCAGCCUGGCUGCGCGGCCCUGUGCUAAUACCAAACAGGACUACGUUAUGUGGGGCUGCUGCAACGUAGAAAAUGGUUUGGGGGGGGGUGCGUGCAUUGGCUGGAGCUUUUUCUGCAGCAAAUGGGGUGCAAAGCAUGCUCCAGGCCUGUGCUUGGAAGUUUAGGUGGGGACUCUAUCGCGACUGAAUGGAUUUCCGUUCUCUUUCCUCCAGACAAACACAUACCCCACGUUUUUCCACAUGCAAUGGUUUUUUGUUUCUGGGUACAGGCGUGUGAGCCCCAAAAGUGCACCCCUAGGACCGAGGCAUCUUGUUCUCCUGUGGAAAGCUUACAGGAAGGCUGGAUGUUGGCUGGGGAAAUUGCUGCGUCGCUUUACCCCUUGGGUCCUGCAUUUGGUUUGUUGUGGUAAUGCGAUAGGAGGAGCAGCCAAUAUGGUGUCCUCCAGAUGUUGGACUCCAACUCCCAGCAGUCCCAGCCAGCGUGGCCAGUGUUCAGAAGUGGUGGGAGGUGUGUACUCCAGCAACGUCUGGAGGGCAUAUUGCUCAUAUGCAGUGUAUGCUUGGGAUUGGCAGCAGCCCUGGCACCCAUAUCAGUUUUCUUAACUAAGGAAGCAUGGUAAGCGAUACAGGCCUAAGAAGAAACUUCACUGGAUUAAAGAAAAAAACUCAGUUGCUGCUGUACAACAGCAGCUACCCAGCUGCUGUUGUGCCUGAGAAUCUUCAGUUUAGUUCCAAAACUUGCUUGAACACUUGUCAAAUGACGUCAAUGGCCAGCCUGUUCUCUUUUACUAGCCCAGCUGUAAAGCGUCUUUUGGGCUGGAAACAAGGCGAUGAAGAGGAAAAAUGGGCAGAAAAAGCAGUUGAUGCUCUGGUUAAAAAACUGAAAAAGAAAAAAGGAGCCAUGGAGGAGCUGGAGAAAGCACUGAGCAGUCCUGGACAACCUAGUAAAUGUGUUACUAUUCCUCGUUCGUUAGAUGGGCGACUUCAAGUUUCUCACCGCAAAGGCCUUCCUCAUGUUAUUUACUGUCGUGUUUGGCGUUGGCCUGACCUGCAGAGUCAUCACGAGCUGAAGCCGUUGGACGUUUGCGAAUUUCCUUUUGGAUCUAAGCAGAAGGAAGUCUGCAUCAAUCCAUAUCAUUACAAAAGGGUAGAGAGCCCAGUUCUACCUCCAGUAUUGGUGCCAAGGCAUAGUGAAUUCAACCCACAGCAUAGCCUUCUGGUUCAGUUCAGGAACCUAAGUCACAACGAACCGCACAUGCCACACAAUGCUACUUUUCCAGAUUCGUUCCAGCAGCCUAACAGCACUCCAUUUCCCAUCUCUCCAAGUAGUCCGUAUCCACCUUCUCCAGGCGGCAGUACUUACCCAAAUUCGCCAGCCAGUUCCGGACCUUCUAGUCCAUUUCAGCUACCAGCAGAUACACCACCACCAGCAUAUAUGCCUCCUGAAGAUCAAAUGGGGCAAGAUAAUUCACAGUCUAUGGACACAAGCAAUAAUAUGAUCUCUCAGAUAAUGCCAAAUAUUUCCAGUAGAGAUGUUCAACCUGUGGCCUAUGAAGAGCCCAAGCACUGGUGUUCAAUUGUGUAUUAUGAAUUAAACAAUCGAGUUGGGGAGGCAUUUCUUGCAUCUUCCACUAGUAUUUUAGUAGAUGGUUUUACAGAUCCUUCUAAUAACAAGAACAGGUUCUGCUUAGGUUUGCUCUCCAAUGUCAAUCGCAACUCAACAAUUGAGAACACCAGGAGACACAUUGGAAAAGGUGUCCAUCUCUACUAUGUUGGUGGUGAAGUCUAUGCCGAAUGCCUGAGUGACAGCAGCAUAUUUGUACAGAGUCGGAAUUGCAACUACCACCAUGGAUUUCACCCUACAACUGUCUGCAAAAUUCCUAGCGGCUGCAGCCUGAAAAUUUUUAACAAUCAGGAAUUUGCUCAGCUUCUAGCGCAGUCGGUCAAUCAUGGAUUUGAGGCAGUAUACGAGCUCACCAAAAUGUGCACAAUUCGGAUGAGUUUUGUGAAGGGAUGGGGAGCGGAAUAUCAUCGGCAAGAUGUUACAAGCACUCCUUGCUGGAUAGAAAUCCAUCUUCAUGGGCCUCUGCAGUGGCUGGAUAAAGUACUCACCCAGAUGGGAUCCCCUCUUAAUCCCAUCUCUUCUGUUUCAUAGUGCCAAAGAAGUUUUUUCAGCCAUAACUUUAGUGACCAUUUUCUAAUUCUACAGACACUUCCAGUGUGGAUACUGUAAGAACAUACUACACAUUAGCUUUCUUCUACCAGUGACCAAUUCCAAUGUUUUUUAUCGCUCUUCCUUUGAGUUUUUGAUAUUAAGGCAACAGCCAAGUUGGGAAGAAAACAUAAUUCAGGAUUUUAUUUUUCCUUGAUACGCAUAUUUAAUAAUCAUCAACUCCACUGAAAAUAUUUUUAUGUGUCUUCUAGGAACACAUUUUUGAACUGGUUCUUUUUUUUCCGGGGGGGGGGGGAAUAGCAUUUAUCUUUUUCCUAAAUUUGUUUAUUUCCAGUUUACAAGUUUUUAAUGUUGUAUAAUGGGUAAUGUCCAUAAACAAAGCUAGCUUUAUUACACCCAAGAUUGCCUUUAGCUUGAGUAAAUAAUGUGACUUAAGUAUAUACAUGUUAAAAACACGUUACAGAUAGCGGUAUUAGAAUGCAUUACUGCAAGUUCUGUGGUAAAUACGGUUUUAUCUAUACCCCAGUUCAAUUUAAUACUGCCUUUACAGUGCAAUCGUAUGCAUGUAUACUCUGGAACUUACUCCCAGACAAGUGUAAAUAAGAUGCUGUCUUUAGUCAUUGUUCUUAAACAUUUGAUUUCAAGACACUCUGUUUUGCUUAGACUAGUCAGUAUUUUCCCUUGACUUACAUUCAUGCUGUGGGCUAGACCUUGAAAAAGUGUAGCUUUUUAGGAAAUCCACAUUUUUUUAAAGUGCAAAACAGUGCCAUUUUCUAGGUAACGUUGCGAGGCAUGGUUCACCUUUCCCUUUUAUUUUGCCUCUCUGUAGCUGGUAUCCUGGAGGCUUCCUAAUGUCACUGCUGGUUUUAAUACCCCCCCCCCCCCGGUAUUAAUUACAACUUUACAUUUAUAACCAGAAUAUCAGGACUCUCACUUUGCUAAGUGAUGCAAAAUGUUUGCCUUUUAGAUUACUGAGGCAGACCAGGCCUUUGAUAACAAAAAUAUCAUUGCCAUUUGGUGCCUGGAGCCUCAUAGGAGAAUACAACACACCAGCUCUCCAGCAUCAUCUAUCACAUGAAUUGUCAGUUUUAUGGCAUUUUGUUAAUAAGCCUACUAAAGGGCUCUAACUGAUGCAGAGAUGAAUGGUAGGAUUUUGGUGAAUAUGGAGAUGAAUAUGGAAGUCCUCCUUUCUUAAGAGGCUACUGUUUGUGUCCAUUCAGGCAUAUUUCUUCAUCAGUACAAGCGGGGGGUGGGCAGAUGUAUGCCUAGGUAACCAGCCAUUACCAGUGCAGUUAAUCUGAUAAAGAUGAAGUAAGUCUGAAGUGUGUUUGUUUAUGUCCAGCAGCCACGCUCUGCUAGCAGAAAUUUACCCCUAGCCUUCAGUUACUUGGUCUCCCUCAGAGUAAGUGUGGUAAGUAAGCAAAUGGUUACACUUACUUCAGUGCUAACUUGUGGAAGUUCUCCCUUCCCUCAGCAAACCCAAGAAGGCCUGUAUUCUUUUGCCAUGUAUUUUCGUUUGCUUUAGGAUGCUAAAGCCAACGCUAAGUACCAUACUAAAUGCAUUGACUUCUGAAGAUGUAGUCUACCAAAAUUAGUUCCCCAGUGACAGCAGUUAAAGCUACUCUUUCUCAAUGGGAUCUACCCGUUUCUAGUCAUAUGUUGAUUCUACCCAAACUACAGGUGGUGGUGGUUGCCUUCGUUUUAAAGCUUAGCAUUCUCAGGAUGCUGAAGCCUUUACCCAGAAUUGAUGGUGACAGAAAGCAAUUUCUAGUUCCUAUGGCUCUGAAGAUAGCCUUUUAGCUUACAGAGUUUGUAGGAUUUCCAGUGAAGGUCGAGGCUUUGAUGCCCUUGGCUUCCCACUGAAACAGAAUAAAAGGAUGCAAAUCCGAAGUCUGGCUUUACUGGGAUGGGAUAUGUUUUUUUCCCUAGCCAGCUUUUGAUCAAGAUGUGAUGUCUGGCUAUUCCUUUGGCUAUAGCUGGUGGAGGGGAUAUUGUAGACUGUCUUCCUUGGUGGGAUUUCUCAGGGGAACAAAAUCUAGAGAGAGUAAAUGGAGCAGGCUAGGUAAGCUGUGAUCUGGGAUUCUUGCAGAAAACAUUGGUUGGCUGUGAUCUAAUCCAGCAAAGCACUUCUUAUGUUAAGUGAGUGUAUACUUGAGAUCACUGAACACAGAUAAAUUAUUCCAUAACAGUUGAGACAUCAGAGUAUGUAUUUCUGCUUUGUAAAUUUUAAAACCAAGAUGGGGGAAAAUAGGCCACACAAGACUGAAGUUGACUUCUCCCAAGUUUAAAAGAUCAGAUAUUUUAAAGACUCCUGGAAUUGCUUCCCUGAUCACAUAGAUAAGCUAUCUGUAGUCUCUGGUGAGAGGAGUGUUAAUCAUGUUCCCACAACUCCUAAAGUGCUGGUAAGCUCAGUAUUGGCCAUAGUCACUGUCCUACUUUAUCGUAGGAAGUGAACUCUUAAUUGUGUAUUCUAUGGUGACAUGUUUGUGAAGAAACUUUCAAAACUCUAGAAGACUAUGAAGAGGCUACUUGGUUAUUAGCAAAUGUGAUUGUGUGGAACAUCUGGACAUAACUUAGUCACGUUUGUAAAUUUAAAUGGAUCUACUCUGAGUAAAUCUUGGUUGAAUGCCACCCAUCAAUGCCAUGGAAAUUGUGUUGUGCUUAUAUGGUAGUCCUGUCAGGGUCUUCAAGAGUUUACAUAUUAUAAUAAAUACUUUAAAAUUGCCUUAAAGGGAAAACAAAUAUGACUUUCACAAAGUUGCACCAUUCUUUUGUAUACAUACUAGUUUCUACUUGAUUUUCGAAGCAAAAAAACCCACCCUUUUCUAGUCUUUCUUUCUUUCUUUUUUUUAAAGAGAAGUAGAUGGUCUUAUUUUGUUGCCUUAUAUUUUAGUCAACUCCUUAACUUAAAACUACAGCCAAUAUUUGCCUUUGCUGGGCAUGCUGCUAGCUAAGCAAGAUCUGCUGGGGUCUUCUCCUGUGAAACCACACUGAAAUUAACAGGAGCUGCACAGGGGGAAUUGCUCCCCAGAAGUUGUAGUGGUUCCAGAUGUUCUGUGCUUGCACUUGACCGCAUUGCCUGUAUAACACUAAAGACAUUUCAUUGAAUUAAAAACAAUAAAUGAUUUGCAAGUUAAUUCUGGUGUCUUAAAAGAUUUGGCCUUUGUAACUAACUUCCUGAAGAUUCCUACUCUUUAAGCCAUCUAAAAGCCUUAAGUAUGUUUGCCAGGUACCAGUACUAACCAGACCUUCUGACUUUGCAUGCAAUCUGAGCAAUAUUACUCUGUGUAUGUAGUAAAAAAAUGUAUGUAUUGCACUUUUGAAGAGCAAGAAUAGUACAUAAAUUGCUAGUGCAUUUUUUGGGACUAUUACCAGCAAUAAUAUGAGUAAACUUGCUCCUGGUUUUCCCUUUAUCCUUUGGAGGGACAAACUUUUUAAAUGCUGAUACAUCAUCUUGCAAUUUUGUUGUGAUUCUCCAUCUCUAAGAUUUACUUGUAUAUUCAGGUUGAGUUGCCAAUUAUUUAGUUCUGUUUCAGUGGAUGUGUAGGUAUCUGACAUAGGUUUCACAACAAGUUGCCAUGCUUGCAUUAUGGUGUAUGUAAGAAUGGGAGGAGAUUUAUUUGUUUCCAGAUUUAGCUUGAGUCACGGUGUUCUCAUUUUUGUAGAAACUGAGUGGGUUAUCUCAUUCUUGCAGUUUACCACUUUUUAUGCCUAUCACUGGCCUCUUUUGGCCAUCUCUUUUUGGGGGAGAGUAAAUGGCGGUGGAUACCAUCCAACCACCCAUGGAGGAUGUAUGCUUUGACUUUGUUCUCAAUAAUGCUUCUGGUGGGUAUUAAGAGGUACUAGACAAAUUAACUUCAGCAUGAAUUGCAAGUUUUUAUUGGAAAAUUGAUUUAACUAUAUUGUGCAAGAUUGUUGUUGCAUCUGGCUAGAUUGCUAACUUGCUGAAGGGACCAAAAUGUGCCUCAGGAUUAAUUUAUUUUAAAAAUUAUAAAAUGCUCUACUUUGUUUCUACUUUGUCUUCACAAUAUCUAAAGUUGGCUCCACAGCAAACAUGGAUGAAUUCAGGUUUGAAUCUUCUGGCUGAAUUAAGAAUUCCAGACAUCCCACAUCCAAAAUUUCUGUUCUCUUGCGGCAUCACACUUUCUACUCUUACAGAUAAUCUAUGUAAAACGCUGUUUCACAAAAGUAACUAUGUAACAGCCUUGUAAUUUGAAUAUAUUUUUUAAAAAACCAUGCGUUUAUUUCACAGUAUUACUAAUGUUUACCUGGUAAAAACAGACGGUCUUGUAGUCUGUGGCUGGAAAACAUCUAAAUAUGUCAAACACUUUCUCCCUCAAGCUUUCUUCCUCCAGUUAAUAAAAAGUUAUUAUUGCCUGAAUUGUUGCUAGAUAGCAGUAUUUUAAAAUAAAAACAACCUUUUUGGGCA